UCCAACCUUAGCCUUCUUUGCACCCUCAGCAGAUGUAACUCUGGAGGAGUUUCUUGUUCAACAUCAGACCAGUCUGAGAAGGAGAAAUGAAAAUGUUGCUGAAGGAACUGAAGAAGCCGGAAGAUACUUCAACAGGGUCUACACUGAGCUCUACAUCACAGAAGGACUAAGAGAGGAGGUUCACACCCAACAUGAGGGGACUCAGUUGGAGAAAACCUCCACACACAACAAGUUCCACAACACUGUAGUCAAGAUCUUAGACAUCUUCAAAGUCUUACCUGACCAACACAGAUCCAUUAGAGUGGUUCUGACCAACGGAGUUGCUGGAGCUGGAAAAAGCUUCUUGGUGCAGAAGUUUACUCUGAACUGGGCUGAGGGCUUGGAGAACCAAGACAUCAGUGCUGUGGUUCCUGUUUCGUUCAGGGAGAUGAACUUGAUCAGAGAUGAGCAGCACAGUCUUCUCACUCUGAUCCAACUUUUCUAUCCAACACUACACAGGAUCCCAGUAGAACAGCUGUCUGUCUGCAAACUUCUGUUCAUCUUUGAUGGUCUGGAUGAAAGCAGGCUUUCACUGGACUUUAACAACAGUCAGGUGGUGUCUGAUGUCACACAGAAGUCCUCAGUCAAUGUGCUGCUCAUUAACCUCAUCCAGGGACAUCUGCUGCCCUCCGCUCUGGUCUGGGUCACUUCCAGACCUGGAGCAGCCAAUCAGAUCCCUCCUUCAUGUGUGGACAGACUGACAGAAGUACGAGGCUUCAAUGAUGCUCAGAAGGAGGAGUUCUUCAGAAGGAGAUUCCCAGAUGAAGAGCUGUCCAGCAGAAUCAUAUCCCAUAUCAAGGGCUCCAUGUCCCUCUACAUAAUGUGUGAAGUUCCAGUCUUCUGCUGGAUCACUGCUGUGGUUCUGGGGAACAUGCUGACCACAGAGCAGAGAAGAGAGCUGCCCACCACUCUGACUGACAUGUACUCACACUUCCUGAUAGUACAGACAAAGAGAAAGAAGAACAAGUACCAGCAGGAACAUGAGACAAGUCCACAAGCGCAGACAAAGGCUGAUAGGGAAGUUCUUCUGAAGUUGGGGAGGCUCGGAUUUGAACAUCUGGAGAAAGGAAACAUCAUGUUCUACCAAGAAGACCUACUGCACUGUGGUCUGGAUGUCACAGAGGCCUCAGUGUACUCCGGAGUUUGUACUGAGAUCUUCAGAAGAGAGUGUGAGAUCUUCCAGAAACCAGUCUACAGCUUUGUUCAUCUGAGUGUUCAGGAGUUUCUGGCUGCAGUCUACAUGUUCCACUGUUACUCCAACAGAAAGGUAAAGAUAAUUGAGGACUUCCUGAUGUGUGACAUGAAGCACCCAUCCCUGGAUGAGUUUCUGAAAAGAGUCAUGGAGAAAUCACUGCAGAGUAGAACUGGACAUUUGGACCUGUUUGUCCGCUUCCUUCAUGGCCUAACUGUGGAAUCCAACCAGAGACUCGUAGGAAGCCUGCUGGGUCAAACAGAGAAUAACCCAGGAACGAUCCAGAGAGCCAUUAACAACCUGAAGACGAUCAGCAGUAAAAAAGUCUCUCCAGACAGAAGCAUCAACAUCUAUCACUGUCUGAUGGAGAUGAAGGACCUCUUGGUUUAUCAGGAGAUUCAAGAGUUCUUAAAUUCGGAGAACAAGUCAAAUAAGAAAUUGUCAGAGAUCCACUGCUCAGCUCUGGCCUACACUCUGCAGAUGUCAGAGGAGGCUCUGGAGAAACUGGACCUGAACCAGUACAACACAUCAGACGAGGGUAAAAGGAGACUGAUACCAGCUGUGAGGAACUGCAGAAAGUUCAUACUUGGAGAAUCAUGUGGACUCUCAGAGUCUGACUAUGAAGUAGUGAACUCCGCUCUGAAGUCCAACCCAUCCCAUCUCACAGAACUAGACCUGAGCUAUAACCACCUCCAACAUUCGUCCAUUAAGGUUCUGUCUUCUGGACUGGAGAAUCCAAACUGCAGAGUGCAGACUCUGAGGCUAAAGGUCUGCAGUUUGUCAGAAGAAGGCUGUAAAACUCUUGGCUCAGCUCUAAAGUCCAACCCGUCCAAACUGACAGAACUGGACCUGAGCCACAACAACCUGCAGGACUCAGGAUUUCUUCAUCUGUGUGGUUUUCUGGAGAGUCCAGACUGCAAACUGCAGACUCUUAGGUCAGUAAAAAAGCUGAACUCACUGAAGAAUGAGAAGAACAUACAGGGUGAAGAACUUUCUGAAGUUUCUUUGUGA